AUGCAUGAUUUAAUGCAUGAUCUUGCAAUGCUAGUAGCUGGCAAUGAUUAUUGUUACUUGAAUAGUAAGGCAGAAAAAGUUGAAGGUAGACCCAUGCACGUGUCAUUGGAAUCUGAUGAGACCAUUCAUCUGUUGAAAUCAUUAGAUCCGAGCAGGCUGCGAACUUUGAUUUUGCCGGAUGACUUGGAAGAGGAGGAAUAUUUGUCGGUUAUUGCAAAGUUCAAAUACUUACGUGCCUUGAGUAUGCAUCAUCUCUCUGAUUACACUGAACAUUCGAAGCAUUUAAGAUACCUUGUUUUAAGGCGACAAACAAGUCUUCCCAAAUCGAUAAGCAAUCUUGUUUUCCUACAAACAUUAAAAUUGUGGGAGUGCGACGAAGAAUCAUUUUCAGAAGUAGUCACAAAAUUAGUCAAUUUGAGGUGCCUUGGUAUUGCAGAUAAUGACUCCAUGAUGAGUGCUAUGCCAGUUGGGUUGGGAAAAUUAUGCUCUUUGCAGUUCUUAUCGACCUUUGUUGUGGGAGACAGCCAAGAAAUAAAGUAUGGCACGCUAAAUGAACUGAAGGACUUAAACCUAAUAAGAGGCAACUUAGAAAUUGUGCAUCUGAAUCGUGUGAGAGAAGUGGCUCUGGAAUCACAGCACGUAAAUUUAAAAGAAAAAAAUUUCCUUCGAUCCUUGACUCUGUAUUGGUCGCAUGGAGACAUCCAUAACAGUGACAGCUUGCAGUUAUUGGAAAACCUUCAACCCCACCGUAAUCUUAAGCGUUUGGAGGUGUUUUAUUAUCCAGGCGUGCUUUUCCCAAAUUGGCUCUCUCUCCUCACAAAUGUUGUUGACAUCACUCUCCUUGGGUUUGAUAAUUGUCGCUGUCUCCCACCGCUUGAACGUCUCCCGUCCCUGAAGUCCCUUAUGAUACACUCUCUGUAUGAAUUGGAAUACAUAUAUCUCUACGAAGAUGGUUUUGCAGUAACCUUCUUCCAAUCUUUGGAGAGCCUCACAUUAGAGAGUUGUCCUAAGCUUAUGGUAUGGCGGAGGCGGGCAGAUGAUAUCAAUGAUUCCCAUAAACUCUCCUCAUCUCUUUCCUUUCCUCAUCUUUCUCGACUGGAAGUCUUUGAAUGUCCACAGUUGACUUGCAUGCCUACUUUUCCAAACGUUAAGGCUAUAAGAUGGUAUGAACGCAAUGGGGAGCCAUUAAUAGCGACACUAAACACAAGAGCGUCAACAUGUUCAGCUGACUCAUCUUCCUCAGCUGCUCCUCUUUCCAUGCUUAAAAAAUUGACCAUUUCUGAUCCUAUGAAUUUACCAAGGGGUUGGAUGCAAAAUCUGACUUCUCUCAAGUCUCUUCGAAUUCAAUGGUGUGACAAUGAAACACUCCAAGAAUUUGAAACUGGGUUUAAGGAUGACACCAACUGCCUUCCUUCUAUGCGAAAAAUCAGCAUACUUAUGUGUGAAAGGCUAAAGGCUUUGCCAGAUUGGAUUUGCAACCUCUCAUCGCUUCAGCACAUCAAGAUCUACGGUUGCCCAAAUUUGGCAUCGCUUCCCGAAGGAAUGAUUGGUCUUACCAACUUAAAGAUCUUUGAGGUUCAGCGCUGUUCCCUCUUACUUAAAGAGUGCCGAACAGAGACAAGUGCUGUUAGUCGCCAAAUCGCACAUAUCCCACGUAUUAUCCUUGGAUGA